AUGCUUCACAAGGUCGUUCAUCGUUCCACAAAAUCUUUGCGUCAUCAUAUUGUUGGUGCAGGAAUUUCAUCCUGUACAAAUUUGAAUGUAAUUCCCUCUCAUGAUAAUAAUUCCCUGCUGAUGAUUAACAAGGGAGGAAAUGGUAUCACGAUGAAAAAGUCACUCGGAAUGAUUAAUAAUCAGGAGAGAAAUUUUUCAACUCUCAACAUUUGGAGACAACAACAACAAGAAACAAGUGAAUCCAAUUUAGCAGACAUUGAAACACAAUAUACAAAGGAUGUUGCUAAUAAUAAUGACUAUUUCUUGAGUUUUGCAAUUGUUGCUGGAAAAUUUGAAUCUGGAAAACCUGCAGUUUUUGUUGAUUUUCUUUCAGAAUUAAUCCAGAAAAAAGAUGUUGAAGGAUUGAAAAUGGUAUAUUAUUUAUGUACAAAAGAAAAAUUAUUGGAAAAAGGUUUCAAGUGGGUUUUGAGUGACGAAAUAUUAUUGGCAGCAAUCUAUGACAUUAGAUCUAAUUUAUCACUUGAUGAAAUCAAACAGAUUUAUAGUGAAACAUCUAAUAAUAUUUUGGAAACAUGUAAUACAUUGCUGAGACCUGUUUUGACAAAGCAAAUUCAACACAUUACAAUCAAUGGUCUUGAAAGAAAGUUUGUAACCACAUUUGAAGUAUUUGACUAUCUCAAAAAGAUUGCCAACGUUUCAAAGCAAGAAAAGGAGAGUAUUGCCAAACAAAAAAUUCAUAUUCUCUCACAACUCUUUUCAACUCUCAAAUCCUCACAUGAAAUGAAACUUUUGAUGAAGAUUAUUUCAUCCUCAAGUUCGAGUUCACUCUCUGGUGUAAAGAAAAAGACAUUUUUAAAAUUUUUAUCUGAAGCACUUGAAAAGUCAAAACUCAAUAAUUCUGCCAAACUUUCUGUAAAUCAAAUUGCUGACUCUAUUUCUAUUUACACCAAGACCAAGGAAGUUGAUUUACUGUUUGAAGAAUUAUUCACUAAAAAUUCACUUUUCAACAUUUCAAACGAAUCCUCACCACAAUUCCAAAUAGGAACUGUUAUUCCACCAAUGUUGGCUAAACCAGUUAAACAGCUCAAAGAAAACUUCCUUCAACAUUUGAAAAAGUCAGCUGAUGAAACUCAAUUAUUAUGUGAAUACAAGUAUGAUGGCGAAAGAUUAUUGCUACACUACGAUGCAACCAAUAAGAAUCUGAUGAGCUUCUCAAGAAACGGAAAACAAUCAGCUCUAUUGGAAGAUUUCCCACAGGAGAAGGAAGAGCUCAUUAAGUCUGUCUUACAAUGUGAUAAGAGCUUUAUUAUUGAUUGUGAAUACAUCAUUCUGGGUAAACAAUCAGGAAAGCCACUUUCAUUCCAUGAAUUCCAAAACAGAUCAAGUCUUGCAUCUGUUUCUAUCCCUUCAAUUCGUGCCUUUGAUAUUAUUUACUUUGAAAAUGGACCAAUCAUUGAAUCUCCACUUUUUGAAAGAAGAUUGAAUCUUGACUCUCUAGUUUCUUCAAUCAAUAAUCCAACUCUUUCCCUCUCUAAAGGCAAAUUAUUCAAUAUUGCCAAUGAAAAGGAAUGCAUUGCAGAUGUUUAUGAGUUUAUGAAAGACUCAUUGCAAGACUCAUGUGAAGGACUCAUGAUUAAGCCAGUCUCUACCAAAUACGAAUUUGGUAAGAGAGGAUGGUUCAAAUUGAAGAAGGAAUACAUGCCAGAUGGAUUAUAUGACACCCUCGAUUUGAUUCCAAUAGGUGGAUGUAAGGGAGUAGGAAAAAGAAUUGGCCUCUUUGGAUCCUACUUGAUGGGAGUAAGAAAUCCAAAAGAUGGUAAGAUUUACUCUGUAUGCUCAGUUGGUACUGGACUCAAUAAUGAAAUGUUAGAGACACUCACUGAAGAAGCAUUGGAACAAUAUAUCCCUGCCCCAAUUGCCACUGAUCCAUCAGCAUUAGAGGAAAAGUAUGGCAUUGUUGUCUCCAAGUCUGUCUUUAAACAAGUUGAUUGUUGGUUCCAACCAAAUCUCGUUUGGGAAAUUGCUGGCUCUGAUAUCCUCUCAUCAAGUGGAUCAUCCUCUGGUUAUAGUAUUCGUUUUCCAAGAUUCAUCAGAAAGAGAGAUGAUAAAUCAGUAGAAGAUAGCACCUCACUCGAACAAUUAAGUGAAAUGUUUAUUGCCCAAAAUUCAAAAAAUGAAUAA